AUUGAUGGGUUUGAUCAAAGGGUUAUUUCUGCCUGUAACUUGUUUUGGUUGUGGCGCUGUUGGCUCCACGCCGUCCCAUGAUGUGAAGCUGUGCUUCUCGCAAGCCCCGUCGCCUUUGCCUCCUUACUCUGUCAUCUUCUGCCAAAUUCAUCACACUUCUCUACCAAUUUACGAUUUUUUUUCUAAAAAUUUGAUCGUCACAUUUAUCCCGUGUAUAAUCUUCAGCCACAGAAGAAUAGAACGCGAGCUUUUUCAUCUCCAAUUUAAUAACUUUCUUUGAAUUUUCCUCUUAUUUACUCUCGCAUAGGUACGUUAUGAGCUAUUUUCACUCAACUUCUCUGGCAAAAAUCCCCAUUCUGUAUUUGUUUUCAUCUUUGCCAGAGCUUCACCGAUUCCGGAAUAGCCUCGCCUUGGGCCAUAUCUAUUUUUCACUUCUUGCAGUUUGAGUGUUCGACAUUUUGCCGCAAUGAAUAGGCUUCCAUGCACAAGCGGAUGAGAUAAUGUUCUCUCUGGCUAAUCUACGCAGACUUUGUGCUGCGAUUGAUGCCUUUGCUGCAACUUGCAUCGCCGCCAGCAUCUCAAAGACGAGAACCAAAACCGAUAUUGCCAUUUCCGCCCACGCGUCGAAUCAGCAUCCCGACAGCUUUCCCACCAUUGCUGCGUGCAAGGCUUCCGUUUUGAAGAAACAGGCAAGGCAAGAAGCUGAAAAGGAUCCAUCUGCCUCCUCUAGUAGCUCUCAGGAUUCGGUUCCCCUCAGUGAACCCGCGCUUGUGCAAAUCAAGACAGAGAGGGAUCCAGAGAAGCUGUUUCAGCUCUUCAAUGCAAAUGCUGAGAACCGUCUUGUAGUGGAAAACCGCUUUGCCUUUGAGGAUACAGUAUCCCGACUUACUGGAGCCCGCAGGUUUGAUCUCGUUGUGAAGCUUCUUGAGCAUCAAAAAACACUUCCACAGGGCAGGCGUGAGGGUUUUGUUGUUAGAAUCAUUAUGUUAUAUGGAAGAGCCAGAAUGACUGAUCAUGCCCUUAGAACCUUUGAAGAUAUGCAUCUCUUUGGAUGUCCACGGACUGUCAAGUCUUUCAAUGCCAUGCUGAAUGUUUUAUCACAAAACAGGAGAUUUGAGGAGGCUAAAAUGCUUUUCAGUGAGGCCCUGGCUAAGUUUGGGAUUGAAUUAGAUGGCGUUUCAUAUAAUACCAUUGUUAAGGUUUUGUGUGAAAUGCGUAGCUUGGAUUCUGCCUAUUUAGUCAUGGUGGAUAUGGAAAAAGCUGGGAUCAGGCCAGAUGUGGUGACGUACACUACACUCAUGUCUGCCUUCUAUAAACAUGGUCGUCGUGAGGUUGGUGAUGGUUUGUGGAACCUAAUGGUACUCAAAGGUUGCUCACCCAAUUUGGCAACUUUCAAUGUAAGAAUACAGUUUCUGAUUAAUAGGAGGAGAGGAUGGCAAGCGAAUGAUUUAGCUCAAAAGAUGAAUGCUACCGGUAUCAGACCUGAUGAGCUGACCUAUAAUCUUAUUAUCAAAGGAUUUUGCAUGAUGGGUGAACUUGAAAUGGCAAAGAGGAUCUUUUGGGCUAUGCAUGGAAGGGGAUGCAAGCCAAAUGAAAAGAUUUACCAGACGAUGGUUCAUUAUUUUUGUAAAGCAGGGGAGUUUGAUGUGGCUUUUAGGCUUUGCAAGGAUAGCAUGCAAAAGAAUUGGUUUCCAAAUGUUGAUACUAUUGAUAACCUGUUAAAAGGCCUCAUGAAAAUUUCAAAGAAAAGGAGUGCUAGGGAAAUCUUCAAAUUGGUUAGCAAUAAGCAUCCACCAUACUCGAUUGAGGAAUUGAAGGAUUUCCAAGACAUAUUAUCCAGUAGAAAGGCUCUAUAAAAGUAAUGGGAUUUGGAUUUAAUCUUGGAAUAUCAUGUCUCUAGAAAAGAUUUAUGUGAGUUCCUUGGGAUUCAUUUGUUGAUUUGCAUUUGUUGCCGGAAGGAAACUUUUACCUGGUGUUGAAGAUAUGUUCUACACUUCCUCAAAUAUCUUUCAAAGAAGGUUCUGAGAAAAAAUAUUCAGUGCAUCAACUGAUAGCAUAUUCUUCCAAGUUGGGAAUUUUCGCCACAGCUCUGUGGCCUCCUGCCAAACAUGUUCCUCAGGAUAAAAUUAUGAGCAUAAAACAACUACUUCACAUCUGUGUUGUUUUCUAUAAGAGUCUUGCAAUAACAUUAACCCAAUAGGAUGCUUCAAAUUUUUUACUUUCAAUUUUCCAGAAGCUGCCCUUAGAUCUUCUUGUCCUCAAUUCUCAGACUGAUCAAUCAGCAAACUUCAAGAACCAAGUUCCGGAUGCAGAUUCUUACUUUCUCCAAACACCAAAACACCGCAAGAUAGCACCCAGCCUGAAGCAGUUGGGGAAAUUCAUAAGACUCCAAAUUCCCAAAUCGAUGUGGAGUGUCUAAAUUUAUUUGAUAUUUACAUCAAUUCUAUUUGGCCUGGAAAAAAUUAUGGUCCUACAAGUUAUUAAGGGUCUGUUUGGAGCAGCUACAAUUUUUUGUGAAGUUGAUUAUAAAGUUAUUAUGAGAAAAUAUUUUUGUUUUAUA